GACUUCUCGCUUUCCCGCGCAGACAUGGGUCAGGAGGAGCCGACGGUGGGGGCGGUGGUGGAGGACAACCCGAUCCUGUGGACCUGGUUCGUCAUCGCCGUCAUGGCCUCCGUCACGAUGAUCUGCGUCGUGUUCUUCUCGAUGUGGGUGUACAGUCACCGCAUGGCCCGCGUGGCUGAGCUGCGAGCCAGCCUGUACGAGGGCUACGAGCCCGCGCAGCCCGAGCCCACCAAGAAGGACGCGGACGUGGAGGCCGCCAAGCCGGAGGAGGUCGUCGAGGACGAGAUGACGGCCAACUUCCAGCGCAAGCAACUCGCGGCCAUGAUGAAGCGCCAGGAGACCGUGCAGAGCGUGGACUCGUUCGCCUCCCACGACGACGACUUCGCUGAGUACGGCGACGAGAGCAUGGCCAUUGACCUGCUCAACUCGGUAUCGCUGGUAACGAACCCGAGACACCAAAGGCCUCCUCCGGCGCCGCGCACCUAAGACACCUGCCAGGUAACCGUGUGCCUCCGCUGGGGGCGCCGCCAGUACGAGCCUCGGCCUAUGUGCACGCG